GGUCAGCGCGCAUCAAGGCGCCGCCGCUUUAUCGCUACCAACACACGCGAUAGUCACACGGCAUGAUCUUGUUUCAACGCGGGCACUGUUAAUAGUUAUCGGCUAGGGUACGGCGAAAUGCUUACGCAAGACUGGACGAGCAUAAACAGUUUGGCGCUGCUUUCUCCAGCAGUUCGCGUCGCUGGCCAGCAGGGCGCGCGCGCAGAUCAACCAAUCAGAGGCACGCUCCGUUCUCCAUGUCGCGCCAUUCAAAUUGGUGAACUUCAAUCGAGUGUUUCGUUCGUCGAUUAAUUGUGUCUUUAAUUUGUGCCGGAGACAGGGUUAACGAUAGAGCGAUUAGAAAUGUGUGACCGAGAACAAUUGUCCAGUUGUCAGCGCCGGUUUUGGUCCCUUUACUAAUGGAUGACGAUACCAUUGCUUUUGGGGAGGAGGAUGAGGCUAGCCAAAAUGCCAACAAACUCAAACAUCCAUAUGUCACCUUAUUUCAUUUAGCCUUCAGAAUCGCUGCGAUCGUAGUUUAUAUGUUGUGUGGCUGGUUCUCAAAUAGUUUUAUAGCUAGCUUCGUAACAGUCAUAUUACUGUUAUCAAUGGAUUUCUGGACAGUUAAAAAUAUCACCGGAAGGUUAAUGGUUGGCCUUAGGUGGUGGAAUUAUGUGGAUGAUAAUGGAAAAAGUCAUUGGGUGUUUGAAUCCAAAAAGGGUGUUCAACAGAACCGCAUUAAUGCAGCUGAAGCUCGUAUUUUUUGGUUGGCAUUAAUUCUUUGUCCAUUAUUGUGGUCAAUAUUUUUCAUGGUGGCUUUGUUUGGUCUGAAAUUUAAAUGGUUGCUGCUUGUCUGUAUCGCAAUUGCCUUGAACGGCGCGAAUCUCUAUGGAUACGUGAAAUGCAAAAUGGGAAAUGACCGAAAUAUAUCCGCGGCGACAAGCGACUUUCUCAGAAAACAGGUCAUACAAAAUGUUGCAUCGAUGAUGUCUAGAAGUCCACCAACGAAUAAUCCAAAUCAACCAACUAAUGUGAUAUAAAACUGCGAUCCCGCGGCCCUUAUUUAAGAGAAAUGUUGCCAUAUCAGGCAGUGAAACGCGUGAUCUUCGGCAUUAGAAAUAAACAUUUGUACAUAACGAUAAUUGUCCAAUAGAAUAAGUCCUAACGACAUAAUAUAAUAAUAAACUGCUAUCAUAAAUAUGUCUCGACCU